UAAGUAAAAUAAUUUAAGUACAAGUUUGGAUAAUACGAAUCCAAAUUAGAUGAACUAAGUUAAGCUUUAGUAUCACAUUUAAAACAUACUUUCUCUAUUUUUUUUUUUUUUUAAUUCCGCUAUUUUGAGUUCAUACUAAUAUUUCGUUUCAAUAUCUACUUUUCAAGUAUAAGCUUUAUAUAAUUUUUGCUAAAUUGGCAAGUGUGAAAUGACAAAUGGUGAAAUUAAAACAAAAAAUAGAGGAAGUGCUACUUAAAUGAGUAAUAUAUCCGCCUAUCCAGGUCUUUAGGAGAGAUGCCUUGCAUUAUCAGUAACAUACUAACAUUAGACUAUUAUAGUCAAUCCUGAUAUCAGUGUUAGCCGAGUAUUUUAAAGGGUUGCGUGUUUUUUUAUGGAGUUCAGCGUACGAAGCUUCUCACAUAUACAUUAAGUAAACAAGGAGAAAAUGUUUAUAUAUAUACCACCAUUAUACUAAGCAUUAUACCUUAAUACAAUAGCAUUAACGGAUUAGCCACUAGGCCUACUACAUCAUUUCUUUAUUUGAUUCCCAAUUCCCAUCACUUCAUCUCUUUGAAGCUCCAAUGGCCGAGUUAGGAAUCUGCAUUGCUGAAAAACUUAUCGAAGUUAUUGGGUCUCCGAUCAUUAGAGAGAUUUGUGACAUAUGGGGCUACAAAUCUCAACUUGAAGACCUUAACAAAACUGUCUGCACCAUUAAGAAUGUACUCCUUGAUGCUGAGGCCAAGCGCGAACUCUCCAUUGUAGCACAGGGCUACAUCGAGGACCUCAAGGCAGCUGUUUAUGAUGCUGAUGAUUUGUUUGACGAGUUUCUCACCCUCGCCGAGUUGAAGGAGCUUGACAGCAACAAGGAUGAGCGGGAUGGCAAACUUUUAAAGAAGGUACGCCGCUUCUUUUAUUCUAAGAAAAAGGAGGUGAGUCAAGCUUGCAGAAUGUCACAACAUGUCAAAGACAUUAAAAAGUUAUUGGAUGCUAUUGCUAGUAAUCAUAAAAAAUUUGGGUUUGCUGUUGACAACAAACCUAUAAGUAGGAGAAGAAAAGAUACUUGUUCCUAUGUAGAGUCAAAGGAUAUAAUUGGGAGGGAGGAUGAUAAGAAGGUCAUCAUCGAUGUGCUGCUAGAUCCUGAUGUUGAUGAAGAUUUUCUUUUUGUGACUAUAGUGGGAGUGGGCGGGUUGGGAAAAACUGCUCUUGCUCAACUUGUGUGCAAUGAUGAAAAGAUUAAAAAUGAGUUUUCGUCAUUGAGGUUGUGGGUGUGUGUGUCUGAUCAAGAUGGGGAGAAAUUUGAUGUCACAACAAUCCUUUGUAAGAUUCUAGAACUAGUUUCUGAUAAGAAGCCUGAUGAUAGAUCUUCGUUGGAAUGGGUGCAAAAUCAACUUGGAGAACAAUUAAGAGGAAAGAAGUACUUGCUUGUUCUUGAUGAUGUAUGGAAUGAGGAUCGUGAGGAGUGGCUUAAUUUGAAAAAUUUCUUAAUGUUUGGUCAGAAGGGAAGUAGGAUAAUUGUAACUACGCGUUCUGAGAUGACAGCAAAAAUUAUAGGGGAUAAGCAUAUCUAUAAGCUAGAAGGUUUAUCCCCAAAGAAUUCUUGGCGAUUGUUUAAGAUGACAUCAUUUGUCAAAGUUAACAAACACUUAAACCAUCUAGAAUUAGUUAAGAUUGGAAAGAAUAUUGUCAAAAAAUGUCAUAACAUUCCUCUUGCUAUCAAAGUGGUAGGGAGUCUUCUAUUUGGUCAGAGCAUUAGUAAGUGGAGAUCAUUUGAAAUGCAUGGAUUGGCUGAAAUUGGUAAAGGUGAUAACAAGAUUAUGUCUAUAUUAAAGCUUAGUUACCACAAUCUUGAUUCUUCAUUAAAAAGUUGUUUUAGCUAUUGUGCAUUAUUUCCCAAGGAUACUGAAAUUGAGAGAGAGAUGUUGAUUAGCCUUUGGAUUGCACAAGGAUACAUUGUGCCAUUCGAUAGAGGUCAAAGCAUAGAAGAUGCUGCGGAGGAACAUUUUUUUAUUUUGUUACGUAGAUGCUUCUUUCAAGAUGUAGAGAGGGAUGAAUAUGGUGAUAUUGAGUCAGUUAAAAUCCAUGAUUUGAUGCACGAUGUUGCUCAGGAUGUAGGGAGGAAGGAAAUUUGUGUAGUGAGUUCUAGUACAAACAGCUUAGAAGACAAGACUCGCCAUUUGUCUUUUAUUGGCAAGGAAUGUGCAGGGAGCUCUUUCAGUAGUUCUAAGAUACGUUCGUUAAUACAUACUUGUCAGGGACAUAAUAAUAAUGUUGUGGUUUCACAAGUAGAUAAGUGCACUUGUCUGAGGGUUUUGGAGUUGCCCCUUUUAGGGGUUGAAACCUCGCUUGAUUCUUUAGGCAAGCUACUGCAUUUAAGGUACCUAAAUCUUUCUUACGCUGCUCUUACAGUACUUCCUGAUUCGAUAGUUGAACUACAUAAUUUGCAAACAUUAGUUUUACGAUGGUGUGUAUUAAAGGAGUUGCCAAAAGAUUUUUGCAAACUAGUAAAACUUAGACAUUUAGAUUUAUCUCAUUGUAAUAGAUUGACAAGUAUGCCUUCUGGGUUUGAUAGGUUGACUAAACUCAAUGUUCUACCAUACUUUGUAGUGGGAGGGGGUAAGAAUAAUGUCUCAAAUGAAAAACAAUGUAAUGGUGAGCUCAGAGAUCUGAAAGCUCUAAAUAACAUCAAAGGCGACAUCCAUAUUAAAAUCGGUAAAAAUUAUAAAAAUGUGGAAGACAAAAAUGAUGAGGGUGGAGAGUAUUUGAAGAAUAUGAAACGCGUCAGGGAAGUUACAAUUUACUUCGGUGAUGGAUGUGCUGACACUGAAGCUGUGAUGGAAAAGCUUGAGCCACAUACAAAUCUCAAGGGGUUUACGUUGUACGGAUAUCCAGGUACGAUGAUUCGAAGGUGGGGAAGAGUAGAGGAUGAUUGGGCUAUCUCCUUCCCCCAUCUUGUAAAGAUUGACCUUAGAAAUGGGAACUUGGAUCAGAUACCAUCUCUCAGUAAAUUGCCUUGUUUGAAAUCACUGGUACUUGAACGAUUAGAUAAGUUGGAGUAUAUGGAGAAUGCAAGCAGCAACAUAAGCAAUGAUGGAGAAGAAUUAACAACAUUCUUCCCCUCCCUUGAAUCUCUUGAGGUUAUGAAUCUGAAUGCGUUGAAGGGAUGGUGGAGAAGAGUGAUUUCAGUUGAGGAUGAUCAUAUAUUCAGAACAAGAUUGAGCUUUCCUCGUCUCUCUGUACUGAAAAUUGAGUGUUGCGUUAAUCUGACAUCAUUUCCUCCCUGUCCAAGCCUGGAAGAUUUGAAGUUGUAUCGCAACAAUGAGACGUUGGGGAUAAAUAUGAUGGUAAACAUAAGGGAUGAGAAGAGUGAUACUACUGCUGCUGGAAAUUCACAAGAUGAUGACAUCAAAUUGAGGAGUUUGAAAAUAGAUAAUGUGUGUUAUCUUCAAUCAAUAUCCUGCAACAACCAACUGAGAAUCUCUGAAUAUGAUAACAAUGAUAACAUAGUGCCUUGGAAACUUCUUAAUCAGAGCUUACGAUCCUUGGAACUGAAGUCUCUCAAGAAUACAACGAAUCUGCCCAAGGGGAUGCAGUAUUUGACCUUCCUGCAAAGGCUCGAACUUUUUGAAUGUGAGGAUCUGAAAGCCCUGCCAGAACGGAUGUAUAGUUUUUCAUCUCUUCAAUUUCUGUCCCUCAGACAUUGCUAUUCCCUCAAAUCACUUCCUGAAUCAAUGCGGAAUCUCACCUCCCUUCAAACACUACGUAUAUCAUACUGUCAAGGCCUACAAGAAAGGUGCAAAGAACCCAACGGAGAUGAUUGGCCCAAAAUUCAACACAUCCCCAAAAUUGACCUUGAUAUCAGCUAAGCUAGCACGGCCAGAUCCUUCCGUUUCUUGGAGUAGUCAGAAAACUGAAGACUGAUCAUUGCUGUAAAUUAUGAACACAUUACACACCCAAAAGGCCAAAAGCGCUGCUGCAAUUGGCAAUUCACAUUCCUGAUCAGAGUAAAGUACUCAGGAACGCGUAUGAAUUUUUUUCUUUCUUUCUUUGUUAUUAUGGGCUAUUGUACUAUUAAGAAGCAUCUGACUUAGAAAAGAUUGUCUUAUGACAAUUUACUUUUCAAAUGCUAUUGCCCAUUACUCAUCUUAAUGAUUAUAUGUUGCACUUGUACAGUUAUAUAUUUGUAAUGAGGAGAUUUAGGUCCUACCUCCUUGACCUUUGCUCAAUGGAGUUCACCACCAUCUUGCUUUUGAUAAAAGAGGACAUAUUCUCUAAAUACAAAAAGAUUGGAAAUUGGUCUAGUGGAGCGGUGGUGUUGUACCAUUAGGCAGAGAUAGGGCGCAAUAUUUUUGAGAACCAGUUUCCAUUUCAAAAAGAUGCAUUAUAGUGGGGAUUGAGAACUGAUAAAUUUUGUAGAAAAUGCAUUAUUAUUUCUUGCCAAAUAAAUGAAGUAAUGAAUAGUUAUGAUUGGCAUAUGGGUCGGCUUGUUGUGAUAGUAUUCACAGUAAUUAUUUUCUUGCCGUUUUGUUUUUCCCUUUGACGUUAUAUACAAAAUUGUCAUUUGAGUAUCUAUCAUAGGGAGAUUUGUAAGUUUCAUUUUUUGAUAAUUUAUACUUUGGAGAAACUAUUCUUGCUAAGUGUUGAUUAAAUUAGUGUGUGAAGUUUUAUAUUCCUUAUUACUUACAACGAUUUGACAUAAAAUAUAAGUUAAAAAAAUGUCUAAUUUAAAACAGAA